AUGCCAUCAAGUUUUCGUAUUGUAGUGGCCGCUGACGACACGCUAGCAUCACAUCAUGCUCUGGCGUUUGCUAUCGAUCUCUGUUCAAAGAUUCCAGACAGUGUACUACAAGUGAUCCAUGCUGUUGGUCUGAAUGCACCGGGCACCUCUUUAUUAGGGUCACUGGAUCGAACGAACAACAUGGAAAUACAAGCAGAAGCAAAAAACACAGAGAAAAGAUUACGGCAGGCUCUUCCUGAAGGCACGGAGCUGGUCAUGAAGGAAGCAUACGAACCUGUACAAGACAUCAUUGCCGAAUUUGUCAACCAGAAUCCACCUGACAUGUUUGUGGUCGGCUCCUCCAAUCGGACAGGGUUGGAAAGGUAG